AUGUCAGAACAAGAAGAAGAAGCUCUGAAGCCUCAUGAAAUUGAGACUCUGUUAGAGUCAAUUGAGAAAAAUGGCCAAAAUGAAAACACUAACACAGAUAACACUCUGAAUGGAAAUAAAAACCCCGAUGAUUCCUCAGAUCCAAUUACAGAAGUGGAAUUGCAUCAACCUGAUAACGAAGUACAGGAAACAACAAAUAUUGAAGAUGUAAAGGAGGAUACAGUUCCUACUUUAGAUGGCAACAAUUCACCUAAAAACACUGAGAGUGAUAAGUCUAAUACUGAUACGGACAACACCUCCAAUGCCAAUACUAAGGGAACACCUAAAAUCAAUAACUCACCAGAAGCGAUCCCUGACACAGUAGUGACUCCAGCUGAGGACGUAUCAGUCCAGAGCACCCCAACUGCUAACCAUAUUCGUCAGAGUUCGAUUUUAUCUAUUUCAUCAAAUGCAACAGUCGACAAUGCACAAAUCUUUAAAAAAACAUUCGACGCAAUUCUUACUUCAAAAGAGGUGAAAAAGGAUGAAAGCUUCAAGAAUUUGAUCCAGACUGCCCUUGAUUCUUUAAAUGAUCCAGAAUCGAAAAAUCCUCAAAUUAUAUUUAAUGCCCUAAAAGCAUGUUGCGAUACGUCAAGCACAAACUUAAAAUCAAAAGCAAUUGAUUUAUUUGCCAAAUUAUUUGAUUAUGCACAGUUUGACGAUUACUUGGAACAGGUUAAACUAACUGAUGAUUCGGUGAGCGUAAUAUCAGCUUGUUUCGAAGGGGAGGGAACUGAUCCUGAACUAGAAAUGCAAGUAGUGAGAGCUUUGAUGCAUAGUAUUCUUUUGAUGCCAUGUCACGGUGCAUCUUUACUACAAGCUGUUAGACAGAUUUAUAAUGUAUUCAUCUUUUCAUUAACAGCCAGGAAUCAAGCGGUUGCUCAAGGAAUUUUGACUCAGGUCAUUGGAACCAUUUUCCAAAGAGUUGAAGAGUCUGUCAAGAAUAAGAGUAAAAGAAACAGUACUCCUCGAUUAAUAUCCUCAUCGUCAGAUGAUAAUUUGGAAAUCGAAGCUUCUGGUGAAACGGAGGACCAAGAGAAGCUUACGUUAAAACGAUUGGAAAACUUGAGCGAUGUUAUCAAUGAUAAUGAUCGCUUAAAUGAAGCCAAUUUUGCCACAGAAACGGAUGAGGAUUUAGCAGUAAAGGAUGCAUUUUUAGUAUUCAGAGCAAUGUGCAAGCUUUCAAUCAAGUCGUUAGAUUCAGCCACAAUUGAUAUGAAAUCACAUUCAGUGAGAUCAAAAUUAUUGUCAUUGCACAUAGUCCACACAAUUUUGAAGGACCAUAUUGAUAUAUUCUUAAGUCGCGAUGUUAUAAUUUUAUCUUCAAAUACCAACGAGCAUGUGCGGAUGGUAAACGCAGUAAGACAAUAUAUCAAUUUGGCACUUUCGAAGAAUGCCGCUUCAGCAUUAGCUCCUGUCUUUGAACUUUCAUUGGAAAUUUUUUGGCUCAUCAUUUCAAACUUGAGGGCGGAAUUCAAGAGAGAAAUACCAGUCUUUUGGGAUGAAAUCUAUUUCCCCGUUGCUGAAAUGAAAACUUCAAGUGCUCAUCAAAAGCGCUAUUUAUUGUCGAUAAUUGAACGAUUAUGCAAUGAUUCGAGAUGUAUUAUUGAGUUUUAUUUGAAUUAUGAUUGUGACAGUAACAUGCCAAAUAUCUGUGAGAAGCUUAUUGAUUACUUAACCAAACUUUCAUUGCAAAGAGUUGAAGUCACUCCACAACAAAAAUACGCCUAUCGUGAAAACAGAAGAAACGGAAUAUCUGUUUAUGACAUAAACAAAAUUUCGAAUCUUACUAGCAAAACUAUGUCUUCAAGGCCACCUGAGCCAGAGAUCUAUAGUCAAUUUCCCUUGGAGUAUGCAUUAAAAAUGACUUCAAUCGGGUGUGCUGUGGCAUUUUUGCGCUCGUUGUAUUCAUGGGCACAACGUGGUCUUACCAAUGCAAACUCUAAACUGUUUACUAUUGAUAAUAAUGAUAAUAACAAGUCGUUAUUGUCACUCAGAAACCGUUCAGAUUCAACAAAUACAUCGAUCAGCGCUUCGAGAAACCACUCAUUUGUCAAUGGUGAUAGCUUAACUGAGAGUGAUAAUCCUCAGCAAUUUGAAAAUCAGAAGCAAAGAAAAAAGGCGUAUUUGGAAGGUGUGCGACAAUUUAAUCAGAAAGCCAAAAAGGGGUUGCGCUACUUUAUUGAUAAUGGAUUUAUUACUUCUGACGACCCAAAUGACAUUGCCAAGUUUCUUUUAACAACAGAUGGAUUAGACAAAGCUACCAUUGGAGAAUACCUUGGGGAAGGGGAUGAAAAGAACAUUGCUAUCAUGCAUGCAUUUGUUGAUGAAAUGGAAUUUGAGAAAACAGGAUUUGUCGAUGCAAUGAGAAGGUUUUUACAGUCUUUCAGGUUACCUGGGGAAGCCCAGAAGAUUGAUAGGUUUAUGUUAAAGUUUGCUGAAAGAUAUGUUUUGGGAAAUCCCGAUGUUUUCACAAAUGCUGAUGCAGCGUACAUUUUAGCCUAUUCAGUUAUUAUGUUGAACACUGACUUGCACUCCCCUCAAAUUAAAAAUAGAAUGACGAUCGACAGCUUUAUUAUGAACAAUUCUGGAAUUGAUGAUGGUAAGGAUUUACCCAGAGAAUUCUUGGAAAAGAUUUAUGAUGAAAUUCUCAAUGACGAGAUCAAGUUACAAUCAGAACAACAUGCAGCAUUAUUAGCGGGAGAUCUUUCUGUUCCUGCAUCUGGUCAAUCAAUAGGGUUCUUUGGUGGGCGAGAUGUUACACGUGAAGCAUACAUUCAUGCAUCAAAAGAAAUGUCAACCAAGACAGAAAAGUUGAUGAGAAACUUGGGCAAAAAAUCAAAGUCAGAUGAUCUGGAGGGCAUAUUCUAUGCUGCGAGCAAUGUGUUGCACGUGAAAUCGAUUUUUGAUACAUUGUGGAUGUCGGUAUUAGCUGCACUCACUCCGCCUUUCAAAGAAUAUGAUGAAGAGGAUGUCAGCCGAACAUGUCUUGAAGGAAUUAAGUUAUCUAUUCGCAUUGCGUGUAUGUUUGGUUUGGAUUAUGCCAAAACGUCUUUUAUUAGUGCUUUGGUUCAAUUUCAGAAUCUCCAUAAUUACGAAGAAAUGAAACAAAAAAACAUCGAUUCAAUUUACAUCAUGUUGGAUUUGGCAGUUUCUGAAGGUGACCAUUUGGGUCGUGAUGCUUGGGUUCAAAUUUUAACAUCUAUAUCGCAAUUGGAACGAUUACAGUUAAUUGCUCAAGGUGUGGAUCAGGAUUCGAUUCCAGACGUUACCAUUGCCAAACUUGUAACUAGGAACUCUUUGGAAACUUCUCGAACUAGCAGUAGCUUCUUCAGGUCGUUUUCUUCUUCCCAAACACCGGCUCAAACAGCAGCAAGCAAGUUCCACAAUCAGCAAUUGUCUCCUGAAGCUGCUAGCUUAUUGACAAAGACGGAGUUGGAAGUUGCUAUUGAUAAAGUGUUUACAAAUAGUGCUAAUUUAUCGGGAGAAAGUAUUGUCCAGUUUGUCAGAGCAUUAUCUGAGGUAGCACAAGAGGAAAUAGAUUCUUCUGGUCAAAGCACCAACCCUAGAACCUAUUCAUUACAAAAGGUUGUGGAUAUUUGUUACUACAAUAUGAGUAGAAUCCGUUUAGAAUGGUCUCAGCUUUGGGCUGCCAUGGGUGAAACCUUCAAUGCAGUUGGUUGUCAUACUAAUCCUGCUAUUCUGUUUUUUGCGUUGGAUUCUUUGCGUCAGUUGUCAAUGAGAUUUUUGGAAAUCGAGGAAUUGGCUCAUUUUAAAUUUCAAAAAGAAUUUUUAAAGCCAUUUGAGUAUGUUAUAUUGCACAAUGAUUCUCUUGAAGUAAAGGAUAUGGUUUUGGAAUGCAUCAACAAUAUGAUUCUUGCCAGAGCUGAUAAAAUUAAAUCCGGGUGGAAAACAAUAUUUGGGGUUUGCACUGCUGCAGCCAAAGAGAACAAAGAGUCAAUUGUGAUGAAAGCUUACAAAAUGGCCAACUGGAUAAACAAAGAAUAUGUUGAGGAAGUAAGACUCCAAGACUCAUUUUCAGAUUUAGUGGUUUGUUUCACGGUAAUGGCCAAAAACGAAAAGUUCCAAAGAAUCAGUUUACUAUCGUUAGAUGUAUUGUCCAGACUAAUCCAUGAAAUUGCCCAAUACACUGUUCUUAACACUGGCGAAGAUAAUAAACCAAUCGUUCCUGACAUUGAAAAAAAUGAGCAUCUAGUGAAAUUGUGGUUCCCGGUUUUGUAUGGUUUCCAUGAUAUUAUUAUGACUGGAGAAGAGUUGGAGGUUAGAUCACGAGCCUUGACUAAUUUGUUUGAUGUGUUGAUGAAAUAUGGUCAGUAUUUUGAUUUUGAAUUUUGGAAAAUCAUUUGUGAAAACUUGUUGUUUCCUAUCUUUCAUGUAUUGAGUAAUCACUGGGAGAUUGGGCUUGAUGAUAUUAAUGACCAAUUGUCAGUUUGGCUAUCAACAACUUUGAUUCAAGCUUUGAAAAGCAUGAUGACAUUAUUCACUCAUUAUUUUGAUGCCUUGAACAGCUUUCUUGAUGGCUAUCUUGAGUUGAUAAUAUCUUGUAUAUGUCAAGAAAACGAUACAAUUGCUCGUAUUGGACGCGAAUGCUUGAUUUCAUUAUUAAUUGACAAUGCCCAAAACUUUAAUUAUGAACAUUGGGGAAAAGUUUCGGAUGCUCUUAGCAACUUGUUUGAAUUAACAACCGCUAAAGAGUUGUUUACAUCCGAUCCACUCAGAAAUAGAACUGCUAAAGAUGGCGAAGGUGGUUCAAGUGAUAUUGGUGGAGAAGAAGUGGAACACAGGGAAAGCAAGAAUCCUAUUAUCGAUGAUGCUGAAGAAAGAUUGAAAAAAUCAAAAGAUAAAUCAUCUAUUGUUGUGAAAAGUGUGUUGCAAUUGUUAUUAAUACAAUCAUUGUCUGAACUAUUUGAAAGCGAUGACUUUUAUGAAAAUGUGCCUUAUCAUUAUUUGUUGAAGAUGGCAAAAUUGUUAUUCAAGAGUUACAAUUUCGCUAAAAAGUUUAAUGAUGAUUACGAUUUGCGAGUCAGAUUAUGGAACGCUGGUGUAAUAGAGAGGUUACCAAAUUUAUUGAAACAAGAAUCGUCCUCUGCUGCUGUGUUUAUUAACAUCACUUUUAGAAUGUAUUGUGAUGAUGACAAGACAUCACCAGCAAACAAGCAGAGUUUAUUGGAUUAUCUUGUACCAUUGUGCAACACAAUUGUCGAAAGGUAUUCAGACCUUGAUGAAACUAACCAGCAACGAAACAUUUCAACAUGGAAGCCGGUGAUAGUGGAAAUUUAUGAGGGAUAUGUUGAAUUGGAUGAUGAUGACUUUGUGAAACAUUGUCCUGUUUUAUAUCACUUGACAUUGAAAUUGUUUACAAAGAGUAUGUCCAGCGAGUUGCGCUUGGCUAUAAAAGCCUUUUUGACUAGAGUAGGUGAAGAAUUUGUUAGUAUUUCUGACAACGUUAAAGAAAAAAACAGAAAGUAG